UGAGCUGUAGUGGGUGUUAUAAAUCCCGGGAUUCCACAAGAAACGGUACUUCAGCCUUUAACCGUUCCAUUGGUCGUAGCACGAGCAGAUGACUUUAAAUGAAAUCGUCGACUUUGAUAUGGAGCAGGGACACAUGGUGCAAGCUUUGCUGGAACACUGUCAUAACAUGAAGCGACAAGAGACACGACUGCGCUUGGCCACGGCAUUCCUUAUAGCAGCUUUCCUCGCAACAUUGGUGUGGAUACAAUUUCAUCAACAGAAAACGGAGGGAUUUUCAGGUGCCCGAGUGGAAGCUUUGACAACUGAUGAAGGAUCACCCAGAAGAUGUUCCACUUACUUGAAAACUGAUCCAAGCAAGAAUGCUUGUUCUCACAAGCAAAGCACGGAACAGCUCAUACGGUGGAGCCAGAUGAGUUAUGGACUUGACCACCAACGUUUCAAUUUGACAGACAGCUCUGUCCUUCAUGUCUUCACAAAGGGCUUUUAUGUGAUCAAUCUGAGGAUCUCAUACCGUGUUGCUCGUCAUAAAUGUCAGCGUACGCACAAACCAAUUUUAGAAGUCAAAGUCACACAGCAGCAUAACAAUUAUAAAGAGGAGAGAGACGUUAUAACUGCUGUGGAGAGCAUGCCUUGUAUUCUGUAUUGGCAGCAGUCCGUCACUUUGAACAGAGCAGUCAUGCUAGAAGAUGACACCGAUCUCAGGGUGAAAAUUAACUCUGAUACGUGUGAAUAUGUCAAUUGGUAUGUGAACAGUGAUUUGGAGGUCACUUACUUUUAGCCUUGGCUGUUAUUAGCCGCUUAAAACUUUGCAAUGUCAUUUAUUUUUAUGCACAAUAAGUGUAACUUAUUUUUAUUAAAUUGGAAUGUUCUUGAAGGGGUGACUUAACCACAAUAUCGAAAUUGUUAUUAAAUAACAAGACUGCAUAUUUGAGGGAUAUCCAGGGAUAAAAGAGUCAAAAAAAUUAUAUUGAAUAGUGAGAGAAACACUAUAAUGAAUGGGUCAGAUUGCACCACAAUAUCAGUAGCAUGUAGAACUGUUUUAUUUAAAAACUGUUUUGUGCAUUUAGCGUAUUCAUUAAAGAUGUUUUGAAUAACA